AUGGCCUCUGACGCUGCCCUUCUAGGCAUCGAUGAGACUGACGAGGAACCCGUUGGACCGUCCUCUCGUACAAGACCUAGUACGACAAAGGAAGAAUUUAUCCAUAGUAGGAGACGGAAACAGUCGGGAACAUCGGUUCGCACAUCGAAAUUAGACACGGGGAAUUACUGGGCAAAUUAUUACAAAUCUCGAAGGAAGCUUCACCCCCAUCACCAUCCUUCGAGCAAUCUUCCUUCCCUGCCGGAUAGUUCAAAUACUACGAUCAAUUCGGAAGAGGUGUCCGAGACUGAGUCGGAUUCGCCCCCACAAAUCAAUAUUGUAGACGAUUUAGAGAGGACAGACUGGGAACAUUGGUGGGUAAAGUCCCCCCUCUGGCGAAGGUUGGACGUCUUGGUGCUAGUUCUUCUUUUUGUGAUGGGCAUGGUCCAACUUGCGGCCUCAAUUUACUUUCUACUCACGUACAACUCGGACAAGACGGUGGAUCCGUAUGUUUGCAAUUCGCCAAAUUGCAGACGUCUCAGCAAACGACUAAAUGAAAGCAUCAACAAUAAUGUCUCACCAUGCGAAGAUUUCUAUCAGUUCGUUUGCGGAAAUUAUAUAGAUGAACAUGAUACUGGAGAAUUCGCAGGGACACAUAGUAAGAUUUGCGACAUGGAUAAUGCCCGAUUAGAGUUUGGAAAACAAAAUGUGCUUGCUGAAAUAUUGAGGAGCUAUAACAGAAAUUUUAUUCAUGACCAGCCAAUAAAAUUUUAUCAAGUUUGUCGUCAUCCCAGGCUUCGUGAUGAAGGACCAAAAGGAGCCGAGUUUGACAGCUUCAAAGUACAAAUAGCAAAGUUAUUUGGAAAUCUAUCAGAGUUGAAUUCUGGGUCAUCAUUGGCCUCGAUGGCAAUAGAUAUGACCCACUCGAUCGGGGACUUUGGAUUUUUCAAGUUUGACCUUGCAGGAAAUCCAUACCUUUUGAUACAAACAUUAGACUUGCCGUGGAAGAAGCAAUUUAACGACUCCACCAUGAUCAAAGACAUGAUGCAUGUUAUUUUUCCAGAAUUGACAGAAGACAGACUUUUAAAACUGUCAAUUGGGGCCUUAGAAGUUUUAGAUACUUUAAAUAACAUUCGUGUCAAUGACAUUAAAUGCACCACGUCUCAAAAGGAUCCGUUUGAUAUUCGAAAGGUUUUAGAAGAUUACGUUGGUAUGAAAGAGUUUAAAGAGGAAUACUCAAAUACAGAGGUCGAUGAAUAUGUGAAUAAACUGAAAAACUGCUGGGAUAAAUUUAUUCCAAUAAAUGCAACAAUUCUUAUUACCGACAAAAAUCAAGCUAUCGUCGGAUUUUGGAUUCUCAGAAUUGUAAUGUGGUCACUCAAGGAAAUAGACUCUGAUGCAUUUUACUUAUUACAAAAAGUACUUGGUAGUAUUGAAUACUUUCAAGAAAUUUCGUUGUGGCGUAGUAAAUCAAUAGAUUUCCAAUGUUUUCAAUCUCUUACACGCAGCUUGGGGUAUUUACCCGUACAUCGGUACUUUGAACGCCUAGGAUUGGAUGCUGACCAAUAUUAUCGCAAUAUUGAAACAUUUUUACGGCGAAGGGUGAUAUAUCUUGCUAAAUUUUGGGCUAAUGCUACUCUGCUUCCACACAUUGACAAUGCCACAAGAGAAGAAGGGAUGAAACUCCUUACCAAUUUGGACCCAUUUAACUUGAUGUCGAAUAUUCCAACUCAACAAGAUCUGUCAGUAGAGAACUCGAAGGAGUUUGGAAAUUUGCAGUUGGGGGAUGAACAUUUGCAGAAUGUUUUUAACGGAAAGGAAUUUACGUUGAGACGAGCUAAAGAAUGGUGGAACAGGCAACAUGACCCACUUCAUGUUCUCUUAUGGAACUCAAAUACGUUCAAGUUGGAAGAUCCGUAUUACAAUGUCAGACCCGUCAUUGAAUAUGAGAAUGCAAUAUUCACUCCUCUGUCGUUCUAUCUAGAGCCCUUCGAUUCUGACAUGUUAGCAGUGCGGAACGCUGGCUCCACGUUGGUGAGCGUCAGAGCCGUACUUAACAUGUUGCUUGAGUAUACAGAGGAAGAUAAGAUAAAGAGGAGACUAAAGAAUGAGAGUUGGACACCGUCGCCUGGUGCGAGUGAAAAAGAAUGCUGGCUUCAGAUUUAUGACAAGCAGUCCAAGACCGUGAGGACAAUUAGUACGACAAUGAAGGAUAUGCACACAUACCAAGAAACCCCUCACGUUUUCAAGUACAGAAAAACAUUUGGAAAUGUGAUUGCACUGAAAGUCGCCCAUUCCGACAGUGAGGAUCGCGAAUUUAUUUCAAAAACUCCGUUUUGGGAACUCAGUAACAAAUCAAAACGAUGGGUUAGGUCGAAAAAAUUACAAGGCUUUGAGAGUUAUACCGAGGAGCAGAUUUUUUUCAUGUCAGCAGUUCGAAACUUUUGUCGUCAAAAACUGGAGAAAGAUGACGAUGGUUUCUACAUUGAAUAUAUAACGUCAAUAAAUGCAGCUCUGCAACAAAUGCAAGAAUUUGCGGCUGCAUGGAAGUGUCCAAUGUCGAAAAUGAACCCUCCAUUUAAAUGCUUCUAAUAUUUUUGUGAGAUUACA